CACCGGAAGCCAAACCCAGUCUCCCCCUCCCCCUCCUCCACCCCCUCUCCGCCACCUUCGGUGAGGCUGAGCGAGCCCCCUUCGAAGAGCAAAAGGUUUGCAUUUCUAAUCUCUUCUUCCUCCUCUUCUGGAUCCUUCUCUGUUAUCCUCUGUCAUCUCAAAGACCGCAAACCAGAGGUUUCAGAGCAGAGAUCCAGAGCCCUUUCUUCUUUCUUUUCAUCUCUUCUUUUCUUUUAAUCUUGAUCGACCAAAAGGGUUCUUUUUUCAUACCCUUCAGGUUAUUCUACUCUUCUCUGAAAGAUAGUAUAUCGCUGUAUCUCUAUAUCGCUGUAUCUCUUUGCUUCUUCGAGUGACCCUCGAGAACCAGGUCGGGUUUUAGCAUCCUCUCGUUCUUGCUUCUUGUCUUCUGUCCAUUUCUGCUUUUUCUUACUUGCUUUGCUUAGAUUCAUGGCUGCAGCCAUAGAUUUGUACAGUAGCAGGUCAGUCCUUCCUGCUGACCCCUUCAAUGAGGAGCUCAUGAAAGCACUCGAACCUUUUAUAACAAGUGUUUCCACCUCCUCUUCUCCACCCCCACCCUCCUCUAACUCCAUCAUCACCCACUACCACUCUUCCUUCGCCCCAUCCUACGCUUAUCAAAAUCCCUCCUUUGAUCAUUACUCUCAUCAAAAUCACACCUUUGCUUCCCACCUUCAUCAAGACCCCAUUGUGGAUGGCUGCUCCCUGUCGCCGUCGAGAGCCAGGAUCCCUCGAAGCUUCCAUAACUUAGAGGAUCAGGGGCUCAUCGGCUCGGCCGGGCUUACCCACCUCAACCCCGCCCAAAUCCAGCAGAUCCAAGCUCAGACCCAACUCCAGCAGCAGCACCAGAGACUCCUUGCGGCAAGGCAAUCGCCGCCGAAUCGCCACCACCGUCAAGCUGCUGGCUUUUUCGCGCCGAGGCCCCAUCCCAUGAAGCACGCCGGCUCACCACCUCUGCCGAAGCCCACGAAGCUCUACCGCGGAGUGAGGCAGCGCCACUGGGGGAAGUGGGUGGCCGAGAUCAGGCUACCCAAGAACCGGACUCGCCUUUGGCUUGGGACCUUCGACACCGCCAAGGAGGCGGCCCUGGCAUACGACCAGGCGGCCUACAGGCUCCGCGGGGGCCUUGCGAGGCUCAACUUUCCCGACCUUCGGGCCGCCGGUGGCUCCCUCCACUCUUCUGUUGAUGCCAAGCUCCAAACUAUUUGCCACAGCUUGGCCGAUUCGUCGAAACAGAGCGCAGCGCUCCUACCCACCGACGCCCCUAAUCCAGAGUUCAAUGCGGCAAUUGCCGGCGGCGAUUCGUCUCCUACGAUGGCCGAAGAGGAUGCCAUGUCGAAGGAUGAACUGUGUUGCUUGGGCUUAGAGGACCACAAGACAGAGAUCUCAUCGGAGGGUGAAGACUCCUUGGGGUCGCCGCCGGUGUCCGAGAUGCAGCGUUUGGACUUCACUGAGGCGCCUUGGGAUGAAGCAGAGAGCUUUGUGUUGCGGAAGUAUCCUUCAUGGGAGAUCGACUGGGACUCCAUCCUCUCAUCCAGCAAUUAGCAUCCUUGUGGUGGUUAGCUUUAGUUUAAUUACUGGUGUUCGUCUCAAGUGGCUGUUGCAAAUGGGGUUUUUAGACAUUUGCUUAGCAGCUGUAGGCAGUCUCUGGCAGUCCCAAGUAUCAUUCGUGUAUCUGAUAGCUCCCCCCUUUAUGACCCUCACUGGUUUGCUGGUUGUGUUUUUUUUUUUGGCAUGACCAUGGAGUAUGAAUGUUGUCUUGUUGGCAGUGACUGAAACAGUUCUUGAA